AUGAAGUCCAUCACCGCAAUUGGUUUGCUCUCGCUGCUACCGUUGGUCGCCAGCCACGGUGCUGUCACCAGCUACACGAUAGGCGGUACGGCCUACCCUGGCUAUGAUGGAUUUGCACCUUCAACGUCACCCAAAACGAUCCAAAGACAAUGGAGCGACUACAAUCCUACAAUGACGGUGACAGACUCAAAGAUGCGAUGCAACGGCGGCACGUCGGCAUCCAUGACUGCCUCCAUCAAGGCAGGGGAGAACAUCACGGCCAAUUACAAGCAGUGGACACACCAACAAGGGCCCGUGAUGGUCUGGAUGUUCAAAUGUGCUGGCGAGUUUGCCGGCUGUGACGGUUCAGGCAAAGGCUGGUUCAAGAUCGAUCAGAUGGGCAUGUGGGGUGGCCAGCUCAACUCCAACAACUGGGGCACUGCUAUGGUCUACAAGAACCUCAAGUGGUCGUCCAAGAUCCCGUCCAACCUCACACCGGGCAACUACCUGAUUCGCCAUGAGCUCUUGGCCCUCCACCAGGCCAAUACUCCUCAGUUCUACGCCGAGUGUGCACAACUCGCCGUGACUGGGUCUGGUAGCACGCUUCCCAGUGCUGACUACCUGUACUCUAUCCCGGGCUAUGCACCACAGAGUGAUCCGGGUAUUACUGUAAGCUCCCCUGAAACAUAUAAAUCUCAUGGCUAUGUCUCACUUCUACCGCUUCAGGUCGAUGUUUAUUCAAGCAAGGCCACAACCUACACAUGUCCCGGCGGCAACAUCUUCCCAGGCUUUACAUAA